AUGUCCGUGGGCUUGGGAACCCACGUGGCAUUCGAACUCUUUGAUUUAGUCAAGAGAGAAGAUCCCGAUAUCUUGUUUUUGCAAGAAACAAGAUUGAAAGCACGCGAAUUUGAGGUAUGUAAAUUUCGUUUGGGUUUCUCUAAUUGCUUAGCUGUGGAUUGUCAUGGUCGUAAGGGUGGAAUUACUUUGUUAUGGGGACGAGAUGUUCAACUUUCUGUCUUGAAUUAUUCUCAUUGCCAUAUUGAUGCUACUGUUGAUUCUGUCUCGAGGUAUGGUGUGUGGUUUUUAACUGGGGUUUAUGGGUAUCCUGAAGUGGCGUUAAGAGAUCAGACCUGGGAGUUACUCAGACAUUUAUGUAGAAAGAAUGGGGAGUCUUGGCUAGUGCUUGGAGAUUUUAACGAGGUGUUACAUCAUCACGAGAAAUUGGGGGGGGGUGGGCAUUGUGUUUUGGAGAGAUUGGAUAGGGCCCUAGUGAAUGAACAAUGGGGAAGUAGAUUUGCUUUUGCCUCUGUUGUUCAUGGAUUGGUUGCAUAUUCAGAUCAUGUGCCAAUUUGGAUUCUUACUGAUUCUGAGGAGAGUUUUGUCCAGAACAAGAAGCAAUUCAGGUUUGAAUCUAUGUGGGUUGGGGAAAAGGGUUGUGAUGAUAUUAUUUCUAGUAUUUGGAGGAAGGGCGAUGUACAAAGUAGUAUGGAUUCUGUGGUUGGGUUAAUUAAGGAAAGUGGGGUUAAUUUAAAUAUGUGGAAUUCCAACUCAUUUGGGAAUGUUCAAAAGAAAUUGUCUAUGGCAAAGCAGAAGAUGGCUUGGUUGCAAGAGAGUGAUCCAAUGGGAAAUAAUACAGAGGCUCAUGAUAAGGCUCAUGAUGAGGUUCAAAAGUCUCUUGCUGGCAAAAUAACUGCAUCAAUGAAUGAAGGUCCCUGCAAGGUCUAUAUCGAGUUUGAGGUGUCUGCUGCUCUAUCACAAAUGCAUCCUGAAAAAGCUCCUGGUCUAGAUGGAAUGUCUCCUUUGUUUUACCAGAAAUAUUGGCAUUUGGUGGGUCCAUCAGUCAUUGGUGCAGUACUCCAAGCCCUUAAUUCAGGUGUAUUUCCAACUUCUAUUAAUCAUGCUCAUAUCACUCUUGUUCCUAAGAAGAAACUUGCUGAGUUAGUUGCUGAUUAUAGGCCCAUUUCUUUAUGCAAUGUGAUUUACAAAUUGGUUGCCAAGGUUAUCUCUAAUAGAUUGAAAGCUGUAUUACCUUCUGUUAUUGAAAAGAGUCAAUGUGCUUUUGUCCCUGGGCAUUUAAUCACUGAUAAUGUGCUGAUAACUUAUGAGUUGAUUCAUUUUCUUAAGCAUAAAAGGAAAGGGAAGAAGGGGAUAUAUGUCUAUUAA